CUGGAUACGUGUCUAGUAAACAGUUAAAAUGUUAUAAGUAUUUCCCCUUUCUUUCCAGCUUCUCGCUGCCCAGAAGAAGCCAUCAAGUUUCUGGACCUUUCAGUACUACCAGGACUUUUUCGACGUAGACACAUACCAGGUAAAGAGCAAGCACUACAUGGGGUAGGGUGCAUCAGCUAACAUGGGCAGAUGUAAAUUAAAUCCUCCUUUUUCGUUUCAGGUAUUGGAUAGGAUUAAGGCCUCUGUUAUCCCCCUUCCUGGGAAAAACUUUGUACGGCAUCAUUUGAGGAACAAUCCUGACUUGUACGGACCGUUCUGGAUCUGUGCCACGCUAGUCAUCACACUAUCCAUCAUGGGAAACCUUUCAACAUUCAUUCAGAUGCACAACCGUGCUGGUUACAACUAUAACCCUCAGUUUCACAAAGGUUGUUUUUUACGGCUCUGUGUAACGAUGCUGAAUAUGCAGUCUCAUUGUCUCAUUUAGGUAUCCAAAAGCUAAUGUUUCUGUCUUAUAUGCACAACUGAAUGAAGAGAAAAGGCAAUCUGAAGAAAAAGAGAGAGUAAAAACUUAAUAUUUAUUUUAAUUUAUAUAAAAAGAAAAUGGUAAAAACAUGGUGGUGGGUAACACCCUAAUCAAUUAUUAGAAAAACCAAUCCUGUCAUAUGAAUAUUCAGUGUUAAGAAGAAAAAGCCAUUCAAGUAACAUUUACAUAGAUAAACACUUGUAGCAAUUUAUGUCAAAAACAAAACCUACAGAACAGUGUAGAAAUCCUGGAGAGUGAUAGCAUAAGGAAGAGGCAAGUAGGAAAAAGAGCCCCUGAGAAUCAGCCCCUAAACGUGCCUUCGAUAGCACCUAUGCUUAGUCUGAAAUCCCACUGACCGCUGCUGGCUAUAGGCUCCCUGAUUGAAAAGAGACACAGAUAAAACAAAUGAUAGGUAUAGAGGAAAAAAGGUGAUAAUAGCCAGGUCCAACAGUGCUAAACACAGUCCAUGUAGCAUUAUAGAAGCCAUGUAGGCAGGAUAGCAGAACCGGCUGUAUUCAGAGCUCUAUCGUUUCUCUCUCUUUAAUUGCAGUAAUAUAAUUAAUGUCCCUUCUGUGUCACCCUGUUGGUGGAAAGACAGCCUCCAUGUCCCAUUGCUUCCUACCGCCUGUGUUACCCUGUAUUGGUAGAGAGGUACAAACCCCAAGUCCCUGGCCUUAUCUUAUAGUUAGGACAGCCUUAUGCCUAUCCCACGCAUGCUUAAACUCCUUUACUGUGUUAACCUCUACCACUUUAGCUGGAAGGCUCUUCCAUGCAUCCACUAACCUCUCAGUAAAGUAAUACUUCCUGAUAUUAUUUUUAAACCUUUUUGCCCCUCUAAUUUAAGACUAUCCUCUUGUUGUGGUAGUUUUUCUCCUUUUCAAUAUAGUCUCCUCCUUUACUGUGUUGAUUCCCUUUAUGUAUUUAAAUGUUUCUAUCAUAUCCCCCCUGUCUCGUCUUUCCUCCAAGCUAUACAUGUUAAGAUCCUGCAAUCCAUGAACCAGUUUAGUAGCCCUUCUCUGAACUCUCUCUAAGGUAUCAAUAUCCUUCUGAAGAUACGGUCUCCAGUACUGUGUACAAUACUCCAAGUGAGGUCUCACCAGUGUUCUGUACAAUGGCAUGAGCACUUCCCUCUUUCUACUGCUAAUACCUCUCCCUAUACAACCAAGCAUUCUGCUAGCAUUUCAUGCUGCUCUAUUUGUCUCCCUACCUUUAAAGGACCACUAUAGUGCCAGGAAAACACUCGUUUUCCUGGCACUAUAGUGCCCUGAGUGUGCCCCCACCUGCCGGGCUGUAGGGUGAGGAAAGGGGUUAAAACGUACCUUUCUCCAGCGCCGGGCGGGGAGCUCUCCGCCUCCGAUCCUCCUCCUCUCCUCCCUUUCGGCUGAAUGCGCACGCGUGGCAAGAGCUGCGUGCGCAUUCAGCCGGUCUCAUAGGAAAGCAUUCAUAAUGCUUUUCUAUGGACGCUUGCGUGUUCUCACUGUGAUUUUCAUAGUGAGAAUCACGCAAGCGCCUCUAGCGGCUGUCAAUGAGACAGCCACUAGAGGAUUUGAGGGCUGGAUUAACCCAUUCAUAAACAUAGCAGUUUCUCUGAAACUGAUAUGUUUAUAAAAAAAAUGGGUUAACCCUAGUUGGACCUGGCACCCAGACCACUUCAUUAAGCUGAAGUGGUCUGGGUGCCUAGAGUGGUCCUUUAAGUCAUCAGAAAUAAUUACCCCGAAAUCCCUUUCCUCAUAUGUUGAGGUUAGGACUAUUAUCAAAUAUUCUGUACUCUGCCCUUGGGUUUUUACGUCCAAGAUGCAUUAUCUUGCGGUUAUCCACAUACUAGAAUCCUUCCAAGGUGCCUCACAGUCAAAGGUGGCAUAACCUCAAUUCCAGAGUAAACCCCAAAAAAUGGUCUGGACACUCAAAUAUACAUCCAGUACAGACUUUAUUGGACACAAAUGUUUUGACUUAACAGAGUCUUUAUCAAGCUGUAAAGAACCAACACAUUCACAGUAUCUUUUAUUUAUGUAUAAUAUGGUGCAAAAGAUGUACGACAUCACUUCCGCCGUACAUAGCUGUAAGUAAUGCUCACUAAUCCUUUGAUAGAUAUAUAUAUAUCUGAGAGAGAGAGAGAGAUAUGACAUUGUAAAUGUGUUGGUUCAAUUUAGCUUGAUAAAGACCCAGUUGAGUCGAAAUGUUGGCUUUCGUGUCCAAUAAAGUCUGCAUUGGAUGUGCCCUUUGAGUGCCAGCACCUUUCUUUCUGCUAUUCCAUGUUUUGUUAGGAGACUUCCUGUCCCAGAGCUGAACUGUAUGCUAUAUUCUAGUGAUCCUCUGCCUCCUCUGUUUCAGUGUCUGUGGCUGGUGUAAUUAUAUACAGUUAUGCCUGGCUUGUUCCACUUGCCUUAUGGGGCUUCCUGCAAUGGAGGAAAGGCGUGAUGCAAGGUGUGGGGUCUUACAGCUUCUUGGAGACAGUGUGUGUCUAUGGAUACUCCCUUACUGUCUAUAUUCCAACUACGGUGAGUGCACUAUAUAAUCUUACAUUAAUUCAUACUUUCUGGCCCUGCAGAUGUUUAUUGCAGUAAUUAUUACAAUAUCAUGCUCAGGAGAUGAGGCAUGUAGCUAAGCCAGCUUAUCUAACCCGUUUUAAGGUGUCCAUUGGCACCUACCAUCACAAAAUGUUACAAUCAUUGGAGCGAAAAGGACGUGUAAACUCAAUACUUUGUGUGUGUCCACAGACAAAGUAAUAUGCCAAAUGUCUAAUUUUCACAGGCAAUUCCUGGCUGAUGAAUAAUACCGUUUGUUCACAAACUGCAAUUUUGUUUUUUCCUUUUAACAAAGAUUAUAAAACUAAUGUACCCUCAAGGGAAGGAUGCACUUUGCAAUUUCUGAGGCUCCUGUAUUCUCACUUGAUGAGGUCUAAAGGUGUAGACACACAGGGUGUUCUUGUGGAGGGUAAUAUCAUAUAAGGAUGUCCUUUACGUCUAUUCCAUCAGAAGCCUAACUCCACACUUUUCAGGCAUCUGCAAACGCACCACUGUCAAAGAAAGAAAAAUGAGUCCAAAACUAAAUAAAAAUGCAGAAUUCCAUUCCCAAACCAGGACUUGACAACACCCAAUUAGCUAACUGGACACCAACUUCUCGAAUUAAUUUCAGCUUAAAAGUACUGGCAAAAAGGCUCAAUCCAAUACUUACUUUAUUAGUUCACCUUGAUCAAGAUUGCUUUAGCCCAGGGAGACAACUCUGAGAAUACUCGAAGAAAUAUUGACCUAGUAUGCCACCUUGUUGACUCUGACACCUUGUCUGGUCCUUUCUUCAGAUGCGGAAGUGAGCAGCCUUUUAAAUUUGAGCUUCUAACUCAACCUGGCUUUACUCUUGCCAUGUGUUACAGCGGUCUAAGUCUUAUACGCAAACUUGAGAGCACUGACGAUAAUGGGAUCUAAAACUACAUCAUUCAAAAUAGUGAAUGGAACUAGGCAGGGACGACCCUUUUCACCUUUAUUUAUUUACAUUAACACUUGUUCUGUUGUUGCACUCAAUCUGUAAGCAGCCAGGAAUUUCUGGGGCCAAUGUAGAGUAAUUAGAAAGUCAUUUGGCAUAUGCAAAUAACUUUCUAAUUAUUCUAACCAGCCCAAUCAUCUCUAUGCGUCAUUUGAUCAUCAUUCGGGAGAUCUGUCUGGUUAUAAAGUUAACCUGACAAACUAUAGUAAUGCCAAUACAUGUCUUUGCCAAGGAUGCAACAUGGAUAGGAGACUUAAUCCAAGGGAUUAUUUUGGUUAUAUUCAAAAUAAAAACGCAAAAAAAAACACAUCCUAAGGGGAAAUUAGUUUUGUACUGGACUGCUCACCCAAAAAGUGCUUACAUGGAACACGCCUGAAGCGCCAACGUGCCAGGUGUGCAUAUCAAUACUAAGCCACCUGGGCCCUUCACUAUGGAUUCUGUUUAAUGCAGGCUCCUGUGGGAUGUCAGAAAACCAAUUCACCUGGCCAUUACUGUGAGGGCUUCCGUCAGCAAAGAAAUAGAACUCUGGGAUUUAUAGCAUUAAUGUUAAAAAUCAGUAGACAGGUGAUUGUACCAUUGUUUCUGAUGUUGCAACAUCGCAAUCUGGUUGAAAAUACAUUUCCUGUCAUUGCUCUCAAUACCUAUAGCUGGGACACAUACUUUUGGUAAAGGUUGGGGCUAAAAUAUAUGGUUCUAGGAGCCACAGCCCAUGACAUUUUGAAGAGUUCGGUAUAGCGAUGAGUAACUGUAUUCAGGGUAUAAGUAACAGUACAUAAAAUAACAUCCUUUCUAUAACUCUAAUUGCAGAUUUUGUGUGUGAUUCCUUUUGAAUUAUUCCGAUGGAUCCUGAUCAUUGUGGCUAUGAGUAUCUCUGGUUUUGUCCUCGUUCUUGCUUUCUGGCCUCAUAUCCGCAACGACAACAAAAUGGCUUCCCUUGGCAUGGUGAUUGGCAUGAUUGCUCUGCAUGUCCUAAUGGCUGUAGGCUUCAAGGUACCAACUGCCUGUAUUCAUUCCAUGAAAAGUUAUGUGAUGGAAAUGUGUGUUUUCUUUUUUCUAUAAAAGGACAAAAAACUUUAUUUUAAUCUGACUAUUACAUUUCCAACGAUGACUGGUAUUCACAACUGCAGUGCCAUAUUCCCAAGUGCCCAUUCUGUGUGGCUGCUUUCUCACAAUAUCACACUGUACAAAACAUGUUUCACUAAUGAUCCUUAGUCAUUUUUGUUUUGCUCCACCCAUUCCUAUGCUACAAAGUAAUUUGUUUCCAAUCUUCUAUGUAAAUAUCUACAUGCACCUUACCAAACAAGCAUGAACUCAUUGCCACUUUUAAGUUAUUCCGCACUCCCUCCCCCCUAAUAGAUUUCUGGUAUAACACGAAAACCAUUCAAAGACCGAGUGUAAUUGAUAAAUAUGGAAACAUCUUUUUAUAGAGACAGUAACCUGAAUUUCCACACCCUAAGACAGUGGUUUUCAACCUAUAUCCUGGAGAACACUAGUGUGCUGUAACAACCCAGAAGUCAUUGAAGUAGCUUAUCUUUUUAAGUCUCUUGUUUUUUUCAAAGAGAUUACAUGUAUUGUAGCCUCAAUCUGUAUUGAUUUGUAAUGUAUACAUAAGAAAAUACCCUUUAUCCCCAGAACAUCUCCCGGUUUACCCUUGCAAUAUGGAAUCAGCCAUCUUUACAUUCAUUUGGUUAGAAGCACAGCUUAUCCGAGCAAAAGCUGUGCUGGUAAAGAUCUAGUGAGUGUAUACAAAUCCCCACACAUCAUGGUCAUCUCAAAAAUCUAUUCCAGGCUGGUGUCAGACCUUCAAAUUGUGCAAAGCAUUGGGAGACAAAUUGAGUGUCUGAGCAAAGAGAAUUUAAUAUGGCUGCCCCACAAAGCAAAGGCUAAGACUGGAGAUGCACUAGAGUUAAACUUAUUCAUUACCAAAUAAUGCACACCAUUACAUGUCAUUUUUCUUUGGAAUAUAGGAAUGAAAAAUAUAGUAACUACUAGUUUCUUUUAAAAUGCAUUCACAUUUUGAUUUAAGAUGUACACUAGGCAAACCAUUAAAACUAGUAUAUAGUUUACUAGAAGUAUACGUCCGAUAGAGCUGCACUAAAAUUAUGUUUAUAAGCGAAAUGUGGAUUGAAAAGUGCCUUGUUCAUAACCAAAAAAAUUAAAGUAGGGAACCACAAAUCUAAUGUCCCAUAGCUAUGUUACAGUAAAUGGCCCUCUACAUUCAGGACAUUCUCCUAGUCCUUAUCAUGUAAGUGAUGUCUCUGCCAGUCCUUUGUUGUCAUGUAGGUGUAUAUGAGAGAGUGGCUUACAGCUUUGUGAAUUUGUUCUGUGAGUGACCACUUCAAUUCCUGGGUCAGAGUAGUCUACAUUUGGUUGGCUUAUGCGAUACUAUUCCUUGCCAACCAUGUAAGUCAAUACAGCAUAUUCUACAAGGUUUAUUGAGCUGAUAAGAGAUUGAAAAUAGCCAUGUUGCCUUGUAAGAAAUGGUCUUCUCUUUCGGAUGGCUAUCAAACAAUCACAAAGGAACAGAGAUAACUCUUUAUUUCUGUCCACAGAUGUAUUUUUUCCAAAAGUUUGAAGAACAGAAGGCAGCGGUUGCAGUUGCUACACAAAAACCAGCUCACAUCACCACCCACAAGUCGUAGCUCCUGUAUUGGACUCCAUUCCAGAUCGCACAAGCUUGAUAGCCUGUUCUAAGGCUUUCUACUGCCCCAAGUGACUUGUCCUGGUAAUGCAAGCUACUAAUCACAUAUAUAUUUGACAUAGGUAGGAACAAAUUAACUAUAUUCUUAUGGGUAAGGUACCCUUUAGAUUUGUGAAACUUUGAGAUAUUUGUUAAUUAUAUAAGAGAAAAUGUUUUGAUUAAUAAAGAUAUUUUGAGGGUUUUCCCUUCUUCAAAGAAGAAUUCAAUGUUUAAAAAGAUUGAAUCAUUUUAUGCUGCUAUCUUGCUUACUGCUAAGCAAAACUUUGGUUGUAGAGGGGCUGUGGGGAUUGUAUUUUAUUAACACACACAGUAACAUACAAGGCCUUUAAAGGAACACUCCAGACCCCUAUAGCACUUUAGCUUGCUAAAAAGCUUUGUGUGUCAUUUGAAACAAGCGCUAAUUUGAAUAUAAAUUAACAUGGUUACAGCCACUUUGCGUUCAAGCAGACAACCUGACUUAUUUCCUGGUUUUGUUAGCUCAGUGGAGCUUAACUCUAGCUGCAGCAAUUGCUCAGAGCACCUGCCUUGCAAAGACUUCUCAUUAAGUUGCAUUGGCAAGUUUGUGAUUGGACAGUCACAAAGUCUGGGCAGGCUUGCAAACAGACAACAAAAUGCAACUUUGCAAGCUGUUUAUAUAACCCAAUUGGGGGGGGGAAAAAAAUAAUGCAUAAUUAAAUAUGCACGUUUUUAUUUUAGGAUAUAUCUCAAACUGUGAUUUGUCUAUUUGACAGUAGAGUGUGCCUUUAAUGACUGUCAAUGAUUCCAGAACAACGGUUAAAUGAGCACUAUAUGGUCAUGUACCUAAAUAUGUAUUACUAACCCUAUAUUAUUAAACUUUUUAGACACACUCAUCUGCCCCCCUGAAUACAAUAACUCAUCUUAUUUCUAGAGACGCGUGUGGUCUGCCAGCGCUGGCUCCGCCACCUUGGCCGACAUCAGAAUUGACAAUCUUAGCCAGUCACAAUAGCAUUGAAUUGACAGAGAUCAAUUCUGAUUAUCUCAGCCAGGAAGGUAGGCUGGGACAGAGCUCAGUACUGCUGUGGCCAAUUAGCAUUUCCUCCUAGAGCUGCAUUAAAUCAGUGUAUCACAAUGGGUGGCUGGAAUAAGCUUCUAGAGGUGUUCCUAGCCUGUAAUAUUUGCCUAGGUUGCAGGCACUGACUAUACUCACCAGAACAGCCAAUGUAUGCUUUAGUUGUUCUGGUGACAAUAGUGUCCCUUUAAAGAUUCAACCUUCAGUUCUAGGACCUAUUCCAUUGUAAUUAAAUAUAAAUCACUUAGCUCCAAUAUUAAAGAGAAAUAAAAUACAUGAACUAUAUGAAAACAUCUGCCAAAGUAGAACAAAAUAUCACAUGGAAAAUUACACACAUUACUAGGAGACUCCUAUAUACAUUUGCAAAUUUUUUUUUUUUUUUUUUUAAUUUAAAAAUCUUUAGUAGCAGUCCAGUGAUUUAAAGUGGUUGUGGUGCAAGUACCCUGAAUAUGCAACAUUUCAGUAUAGAACCACCUGUAGUGUAACGCCACGUCUGUCAGACUGGAACGAGAGUUUCAAGCUGACUUAAUUAUGUGCAUAUUCGUAGCACAGUCGUUCUCUGAAGCUGGGUGAUGUCUCAGCAGACAGAGUAGGCUCGUUGCAAAACAUUCCCCAACCUUUUACUGGGGAACGGCACUGGGUACUCCUGACACCAUAACCUCCAAAGCAGGCUGUAAUAUAGUUAUGCUUUCAGUAGCCCUUUAACAGUUUACAUGCAUUCUAGCUUUCUUAACCUUGGGAAACAAGCCACUCCAUACAUUGUACGGCUGAAUGACCUAGCUUUUCAGAUUAAACAUUAUGUGACGACAAUAACUCUGCAAAACACCUGCAUUGUACUGUCCAGUGCCAGUCUGCCUUAAAACUUAAGCAGACAGUACAGCUAUGGUAAACAUUGUAUUUUGGGCAAUUACUAAAGGUCAAAUUCAAAUGAUGAGAAGGUUCCAGCUGUUGAAUAGCAUUUUGUGCCCGCAGCUCAAGAGGUUAAGAACCACUGUACUAUCACAAUAUCAGGUUUGUUUCUCCUCAUUUAUACAUUAGAUAUCAACCAGAUCAUUAAAUAUGCGGUUUCAGAUUGAGCAAUCAAAAGAGCAGAUGGCCGAUUAAAUUGUUUCAUAAACUGUCACUGUGUCUAUGGCUUUAGUAGCACACUUUUAACCCACAAAUCAGGAUUAUUUUCCCCUCCCUCCUCCCCCCCACCGUUCCAAAUAAAAACACAGACUUUAUAUUUUAAAAUAAAAAAAAAAGUAAUCCCUCCCAACUUUAUUGAACACUACAGACAGAACUGAGAACAGCAGCUGUGUUUGCAAUGGUUUCCUACUGGGUCCUUCAACGUUACCUGUGAAAAUCCAUCUGAUAAACUACAGUCUGCCAUCCGAUCAGAGGCAGACAAACAAACAAAACAAAAAAAACAACAAACAGACAGGGUGCGAUUGGGAUCCUGUGACAAGCAUUUUAAUAAAUGGGGAAGGAGGAAUCACUAAAAUGGGUGGGGAACUCAUACUUUUUGGUGCCAGGGGUGAGUGCAGUUCAUUUGGUCACUCCCUUUGGAACCAAAAGGUUUAGAGGAAAGUUUACAAACACACAACCCUAAAUACUAUAGGAAUAGCGGAUGGGUAAACAAAGAAAAAUAAACUAUUGGGACGGACGUUCAGGGCAAUUCUGACACGUUCAUAAAAACCAAAAACAAAACAUGCGCUAACCACUUCGUCAGUGGAAAAGACAGGGGUAGGAGGAAGGGGUGGGGAAGUUGAGGCAGGUAACGGAAUCUGUGUUAUGCACAGAGAGAAAGAGAAGAGUCCAUAACUAGACAAAAGGGCAUGAAAGAUCUGUACAUUUAAACUACCCCAGCCCCCAUAAUCCUCCUGUUCUCGCUCAAUGUGCAGCCCUUUUUAGAAAGCUUACUAACGGGAUAUGCAUCUAGCUCACUUCUUAUUCUGCUCUGACAUGUAUACUGUUAAAGCCUUUAGUACAUUUUACUGCUGUAUCUCUCCUCGGCCCCUGUGACUUCUCUUUAUUAAGAAUCUGGAGGAACUAUUCACUAAACAAUUUGACAACUGAAUUGUACUUGGUAGGCCAUCGCCAGUCAAAAACGGCUCCAAUGAUUGGCAAUGCACAGUUUAAUGAAUAAAUGCCUAUAUUUUCAUAUUCUUUAAAAAUUGUCUCAAUGUUUAAAAUACCAAUGCUUAUUAUUGCUAUUUUGCUCAAAGGGAAAUCAUGCCAAAAUAUUAUUUAGGGAUCAUUUAUAAAAAAAGAGGCAUCUCCUCGCCUAGGUAUGCACUUGUAAUUAUACUACCAACAUAAGAAAGUCAGUGAAAGCAGCCAGUUUGUGUCUAUUGCUUGAAAUACUUAGGUGGUAUUAUUGCAAAUUAACAAUAAAAAAUGGAUUAUACGGUGUUGUGAUAACAUUGUCUCUCCAAGAAGAAAAACACUACUGCAUACUAGUUUUGUUUUUACAAAGCUUCUAAAAUAAACCCUCUUCCCUGGCAUCCUUACAAAUGAAAACCAAGAUGGCUACUGUCAUGAACCUUAUUUUGUUCAUACAUAGAUUACACCUGCAUACACAGAAAUAAAUGAAAUCAGCAAAGAAGAAUGCCUUAACAUUAAGUUAAAGAGACUAGGACUUUAACAGCAUUUACAGAAUAAAACUGGAAGUGCAGUCCAAGCUCUCUACAACAGGGAUAGACCGUCGUUUAUUGUGGUACAUCAUCACGGCAGUGAUGUUAUGAAUAGGCAAAGCUAAAAAGGGAUAUUCCCUAAACUGUGAAUUUUAGAGAAUGGAAAGGUGUGUUACAAAUGAUGGGAAAGGGGUUGUAGUAUUGCUGUAUACACUGUUUAGGCAACAGUCAAUGUAAACCCAGCCAGCACGAUACAGUUAGCUCUGUACUCAGAGAAGCAACAUUAACAAAUUAGUGUUUUUAGUGCGAUCUGCUUUAAACGUAUAUAUAGGGACAGGAUUAUCUAUUCUCUUAAAGGCCACAGUAGAUUUUAACUUUUAUCUGCCACGGGCUGACCAUCAAAGAGCAAACAACAAAAAUACAGGUGAAUGUAAAGGCUACAAAUAUUCUUCAGUGAGAAGAUCAUUAGGCCUUUACGUUCUACCUCCUUAGGGAAGACAAAAUAGAAAACAAUCUGUACCUUUAGGUCGGCAGUACACCAUUACCUACUGCUUUUAGACCAUACUACCUUCUCCUGGGCUGCACCUGCCUCUUGAAGGGACUAUCUAACCAUAAUACUAAUUCACAGCAAUGCCCCUAGGGCUAAACCGAAUGUAAAUUCAAAUGUGCUAAAGGAAGCUUUUUUAAAAGCAAUGCGCAAUUUUUGCAUUUUUUUUUGCAAAACAAACAGACGGCCCUGAUUGGAGGUUUCUUUCAUCCUCACUUUUCCCCCCAUUUUGUUCCAUUUUUUGACACAGUGAGGUUUUAAGUAAUUUCUUUAAAAAAAGAAAAAAAAUGUACAAGUUCAUUUUCAGAAAGCAAAGCAUUUAAGCUUUGUCGUAUGAUACAAAUGGGAGCAGGUUAACGAAAUGGGGGAGGGAAAUAGCAGAACGGGUAAAAAAGAAAGGGGAUGGUGUUGGGGAGAGAGAGAAGCCAAAUGAAAUCUCUGCACCUGAGAAGGAACAACAAAGACUUGUGACAAGCGGUGCAGAUGUCUUGAUAAAGAUACUGCAGCGAAUCCAAUGGAGUGCAAUGAAACAUCGCCGCAUCAUUUGGUAUCCUCUUACUGUCAGUUUGAAGAGAGGAGGGAGGUAGAAGCAGAGAGGCGGGAAGGGGAGAAAUGGCGACCUUUAACUCCCAUAAUGCAUUGUGUUGGUGGUGAGGGACAUCGGAGAGGCCAUAGAAAUGGCUGGUCCACCCAUGGUGAACUGGUUGACCUGGUAAUGGGUGGAGUUGCUUGAGCCGGUUUGACCACCAGCGGAACCU